AUGUCAUCUCCCGGUGCCUCCUCGCUCGCACAGCGGGCAAAGGCCAAUUGGGUCGUAACCGCCGUUGGGGGACUCGGGGUUCUGCUCAUUGCCCUCUUCCUUGCCAGUCCAACGAUACUCCUGGACCGCUAUGGCGGCCGUGUGCAAAGCAGGGAUCCCAAGACCCGAUAUCUGAGCCAUGGGGGUCUCAACAAUGAGCAUUGCUGGACAGAUCCUUCCGGCCAGACCUGUGAAGACGUCAAGAUCCACCACGAGACCAACACGGCCUUUCUUGCUUGCGGGGACCCCGUCGGUCGGUCUCAAUUCUACCCACCGAUCAACAACCACUGGACGUCCAAGCGAAAGGACUUUCGCGAAUAUUUCUUGAAGUAUGAUAUCAAGGGAAACAAGACCACCAGGAUGGAAGUCAAGGGCUGGGACGGGGACUUGAUCCUCCACGGAAUCGAUAUCUGGAGGUUUAAGGAUGACCCUACCAAGAUCCACAUAUUUGCCGUGAACCACGGACGCAAGGGCGAAUCAAUCACCGUCUUCUCGCACAAGCUGGGCACCAAUGUGCUCGAGUUCGUCAAGGAUAUCAGCCAUCCGGAGCUGAAGACGCCCAAUGCCGUAACCCCUUCCGGCCCGCUUUCAUUCUUCGCCACCAACGACCACUACUACUAUAACGGCAUCUUGCGAACCUUUGAAGACAAAUACGCGCCGUUCCACUGGGCCUCGUGGGUGAUUCACUGCGACGGCUCCGGCUCGAAGACGACGUGCCGGAAAGUCUCGGACGAUCUCCAAUAUGCGAACGGGAUCCUUCUGACCGAAGACGGCAAGACGCUGCUGGUCAAUGACCUCUACGAGGGCACGACGAUCGUGUACGAAGUUGAUCCGGUGACGAAGGAUCUGGUACUAGAGAGGAAAGUGAGACUGGGAGGCACGCCGGAUAACCUGGCCGAAAUCCCCACCAACGGAGACAUUGUCGUUCCAGUCUUCCCCAACCUGGUCACCCUGUUCAAGCGCGGCUUCGGACCCGGUGGCCUGGACUACGGCACGCUGUGCGAGUCCGCAGUGGUCCGGCUGGACAAAUCCAAGGGCUAUGCCCCGGAGCUGCUGUUCUGGGACGACGGUACGCAGUUGAGUGUCUUGACCGGAGCCGCGGUAGAUCCAUACAACAAGCGCCUCAUCGCGGGAGGAAUGUUUUCCAAGGCAUUCCUCGUCUGUGAUAUUAGCAACGACAAGACAGGGGUGGUCUUUGGUUGA